AUAAUAUACUGAGCCUCCUGCCACAGGAACCAUUACUACUGAGUGGACUGCAGCCUGCUGAGAAACAUGUCUGUGGAAACUUCAGCCACAUUCUUUGUUCUUCUGCUUAUUAUCUCAUUGGUUCAGGUGGGGAGAGGCCAGAUGUUGGGCCACCAGAGUACACCCUAACAGGAACAUGUUUGAAGUAUUCUCAGUGUUAGAGACAAGACAGAAAGGACAUAACAUUGGCAGUCUACAAACAGAGGCACAGGACUGCUCCCAGCCCUGUGCUUGCCCUGCAGACCCCCCACUUUGCCCCUUGGGGACCAGCCUGGUCCUGGAUGACUGUGGCUGCUGUAAGGUGUGUGCCAGGCAGCUGGGGGAGCCCUGCUCCCUGCUGGAGCCCUGUGACCAUCACAAGGAGCUCUACUGUGACUAUGCUCUGCUGAGUGACACUGAGACUGGCAUCUGCAUGGCUCAGGAGGGUCAGACAUGUGACCUGGGGGGGGUGAUCUACCGCAGUGGGGAGUCCUUCCAGCCCAGCUGUAAGCACCACUGUGUGUGUAUGAAUGGAGAGAUUGGCUGUGUACCAAUGUGUGCCAGUGACAUCCGACUGCCCUCCCCUGACUGCCCGUACCCACACCGUAUCCAGAUCCCUGGGAAAUGCUGUGAGGAGUGGGUGUGUGGGGAGACACCUCAGGACCACCACUACCAGUCAGUGGUUGCCGGACCUUCUCAGAUUCACCCCUUGCCCUCCUCAAAGCCUGUCACAGGCUUCAGACCAGUGUUUCCCCAUGGCCCGCUAGGAGAGAGUCCCAGAGAUAAUUGUAUAGUCCAGACUACAGAGUGGAGUGAGUGCUCGGCCACUUGUGGCAUGGCCAUCUCAUCCCGUAUCACCAAUGACAACCAACGCUGUCAGCUGGAGAGGCAGACCAGGAUCUGCAUGGUCAGACCUUGCAACAGCCAACAGGAGAAAGAAAUCAAGAAAGGAAAGAAAUGUGUCCGGACACCAAAGGCUCAGCAAGGAAUGCGCUUUGAGCUAUCAGGCUGCUCCAGCACCAGGCUGUACAAACCAAAGUUCUGUGGUGUCUGCACAGACAAUCGCUGCUGCACGCCUCACACCACAAUCACAGCUGAGGUGGAGUUCCGCUGUCCAGAGGGAGAUGUCUUCAUGAAGAAGAUGAUGUUCAUCAAGACCUGCUCCUGCCAUCACGACUGUCCACAAGAUAACGACAUCUUCUUGGCAUUCAACACUCGGACAAUGCCUCAAAGAAGUGGGUCACUUCCUCUCAACAUUUUCUUUCUGAACUGGGGGUGAUUCAGUUGGAAGAUGGACCUAAAAUGAACCACCACAAAGAUAAACCACCAGUUUGGUUCAACAGGUACAAAGAAAUGUAUCAUGAAGAGACAAAGAUAAAUGUGGGUAACGGAAUCACAUGAGCUCAAAUAUCCACUUUCUAGACUUCUGUGUCAUUCAUUGUAUCUGUCAGGGGUAGAUCAUAACACCUUUGUUCAAAAAUUGUCUUUUUGGCAUGAGUAGAAAGCUGGAGAAAAAUGAAAGAGGACAUUCUCAUCUGACUCCAGAGACUACCUCUGAACAGAGGGUUACAUCUCCAAGCAUAUGAAAUACCAACACAUGUGCUGCACACUGAAGAUGUUCAUAAGAAACAGUUAAAGAUCUGAAAAGCUAAGUGGAACUCUGAGCUGAGAUUAUUAUGUUACACACACACUGGUCCCACAGAUCAAAAAUGAAUUUCCAUGCUCAAAGAUAAACAUGUCUUUCCUAAUAACUGACCAGGACACAACGCAGCCAUGUUGUAUGGUAUUCUAAAUAUUGAGUAAGUGGACAUGGUUGCAGUUGUUUGAGCCUGUUUUUUCAGGUCUAUAAUCUUAAUAUAAUGGCUUUUAAAGCUUGUUAUUUUCAUUAUGUUCAAAGGUUUUCACCAUCUUGACCAGAGAAGAAUCCUAAAGUCAGCAAACUGACUCAAUAAUAUCAUUUAAGUUUGCUUUUAAGUUUGCUAACAUUAGCGAACAUUAGCUACCAUAAGCUUCUUCUCAUAAAUGACAAAAUACAAGUCUAUGUCAUUACUUUUUGAAAAUGUCAUGACAGACUUGAAAGAUUACGAGCAAACAUGACCUCUCUUUGCCUAUAUACAGAGAAUUUGUUUGGCUAGAUGCAUUAAAAUGUCUCUGUAACAGCACAGGUUAGUGCAAAGCAGGUACAACAAUGAAAGAUAACUGCAAAAUGUAAUCAAAAAACAGACUGGGAUGAUCUAGUUCCCUGGCAGCAAUGCUACUGGACAGACUGGCCACACUGAAAUACAUGUGGGAAACACAUUGACAACAUUUGUAUUACAUUUAUAUGUAUUCAAUAUUUAUGAAAGUAAUGACAAUACCGGCAUCCUUGGUAUAUGUAUUUUAACAUGUUAUCAUGCAUUUAGCCAUUCUGUAGUCUAUUCUGACACUGAUGUGCAUCCUCAGAGGCCAGAGGUUGAUUGCAAACUGCUGAUCAGUCUAGUUCAGUGUCCUGUCCACCUAGCUUUCCAUUCUGAUGGUGUAUGUCCAAAGACCAAAGGAGGGAAGAAAAAUAACUUGGCUAAAAUUGCUGUUACUUAUUAUUAUUUACUGUAUAUUUAAAAAGAAAAGAUUGAUGGACAAAUUUGGCAUUUGGCAAAUGUAGCUUGUGUAAAUACUGUAAGACUGUGUACAGUUUUGUACUAUAAUUUAUGCACCUUGUUUACCACAGUGUUGUAGUUCUGAAACUGUAUCAUAUUGCUUUGUUUUUUUCACCAUAACCACCUGACUAAAAUACAAGUGAGUUAUUGUCUGUUGCACUUUUACCUCUUUUCAAUAAACAAAGUAUAUUUUUAUAGAUACUGUA